CCCGCCCACAGGCUCAUCUUGUCAGCUCCGGUCCGGCAUCUGCUGACCAAUUGGCUACGCGCUUAAAAUGGUAUCCCGCGCGUCAAGCUUUUGGGCAGACGACAGCAUGCCCUCUUACCUCCAAGACGAAGACAUCGAGGAGCAGGAGCGCCUCGUUGGCGACGGCGACGUGGACGAUGGGCGGACGGCGCUGGACAGAACGAUAGAUAGAAUAGGGAUGGGCUCGUACCAAUGGACGUUGCUCUCGCUAUGCGGUUUCGGCUGGUUAGCUGACAAUAUGUGGAUAGAAGCGGUGGCAAUCAUCCUUCCCAGAGUACAGAGGCAUUAUGACGUACCCGACAACCAUGUUGGAACCUUGUCGUCGACUAUGUUUGCUGGCAUGAUGUUCGGCGCCGUCGGAUGGGGAAGCUGCUCCGAUCUCUUCGGUCGCAGUACCGCCUUCAACGCGACGCUCUUCUUCACCGCCCUCUUCGGCAUCCUCGCCUCCCUCGCAGGCUCCUUCACCCAACUAUGCAUCGUCCUCUUCUUCCUCGGGUCGUCCGUCGGGGGCUCUAUGCCUACAGACGGCACGCUACUGCUCGAGCACAUGCCGGACGGGAAGCAGUACCUCGUAACAGCUCUAUCGGUCUUCUUCUCCGUCGGAGCCGUCCUGUCUGCGAUGAUCGGGCUAUUCAUACUGCCUCAAAACUCGUGCUUCGAGGCCGAGUGCGAUGUCGAGACGCAGAAUAGAGGAUGGAAGUAUCUGCUUGCUAUCCUAGGCGUGAUCACCCUGGCCAUGUUCUUUGCCCGCAUGGUCUUCUUCCGACUGCAUGAAUCGCCGCGAUACCUCGUCCACGCAGGGCGGCACCAAGAAGCACUGCAGAGCCUGCAGAUGAUCUCGCGCUUCAACGGCGCCGAUCUAUCACUCAAACUAGCCGACGUGCACGACGAGCUGCAUCCCGAGGAUGCGGAUGCGAAGGAGGACGACGACCCGUCUUCGGCGCGCCGAUCGUCCUCUUUGCGCCGCUCGUCAACGCUCUUCGAUGCGGGCGAUGAUCUGGACGAGGAAGGCAACCAGCGUCCACAGCACCCGCGACACACCUCUAGUACCGGAUUUGCCAAUCUGGACGCGGAUGCGCUGCCCGACUAUAGCUCCACAGAGCCGAACACACCAGAGUCCGGCCUUCGUGAAGACGCGGCGAAGAUACCUUCCGUAUCGCCACCGCGCGCUCGACCGUCGCUUUCUACCUCACCACCGCGCCCCUCCCUCUCGGUUCGCCCCCGCCCGAUUAACACAACGCGUGCGAGUAUGAUGUCGCGACGGCGGUCCUCGGUCUACGAGGUCGAGCGCAAGGUGUGCGCGUUCCUGCCGCAAUUCAUCCGAAGGCCGCUGUGGGCGUGGUGGGACCGGGUGAUGCUGACCCUGACGCCGGAGUGGGCGAAGACGACCAUCGUGGUGUGGGUGGUGUGGUGCGCGAUGAGUGCGGCAUUCACGAUGUUCAACAUCUUCCUGCCGAAGUUGCUGGAGUCGAAGGGGACGCCGACGUCCUCGAUGGCCGAUCCGAGCUCGUUGACGGCAAGCUUAUGGGAUCUGGCGAUAUUCACCAUCGGGGGGUGUCCGGGGUCUAUUCUCGGAGCCUACAUGGUGCGCUCCAGCAUAGGCCGAAGGUGGUCGCUGGCGGGGAGCACGUUCGCCACCGGGGCAUUCUGCCUCCUCUUCGUGAUGGUGGAGAGCUCGUGGGCGGUGCGGGCGACGACCGUGGGGCUCAGCCUCAACUCGACCAUCAUGUGGGCCGUGCUCUAUGGCUGGACGCCGGAGAUCUUCAGCACUGAAGUCCGCGGCACGGCGUGCGGGAUUGCGUCUGCGCUUUCGAGAGUAGGCGGAAUGAUUUCGCCCGUGCUCGGAGGCGUGCUGUUGAUGAUCAGCAAGUCGCUGCCGCUCUACGUGUCCGCGGCGAUGUUCACGGUCGCCGGCUUCUGCAUACUGCUCUUGCGGGAGGAUGAGGGAGAGGGGCGCGUGAAGGGGAAGGCCGUCCUUGCGCACUAGCCCGCGAUCUGUAUCAUAAGUAUCUUGCAUUGUAAACGGGACUCUGACCUACAUGAUCUUCUACAACGCAUAGCAUGUUGAUUGUAUCGUCAUGGUCAACUUUCUUCCUACU